UGCCACCUAUAAGUGCCAGUCAGUGCCACCUAUCGAUGCCUCUCAGUGCCACCUAUCAGUGCCGCCUAUCAGUGCCAGUCAGUGCCACCUAUCAGUGCCCGUCAGUGCUGUCUAUCAGUGCCACCUAACAUGCCAUGCCACUCAGUGCCGCCUAUCAGUGCCACCUAUCAGUGCCGCCUAUCAGUGCCAUAUACGAGUGUUGCCUUUCAGUGCCCAUCAGUGAUGCCUGUCAAUGCCCAUCAGUGCCACCUACCAGUGCCUCCCCAUCAGUGCCACCUAUCAGUGCCCAUCAGUGCAGCCUAUCAGUGCCCAUCACUGCAGCCCUCAUUA